AUGGCUCCCACCACCCCCCUCCCGCCGAACCGCUCGCGCGCCAUCAAGGUGGAGCUCUACUGCCCCGAGACCGGUGACAAAGCGGACAACUUCCUCAUUACCCCGUCAAUGACACAUGACGACAUCAUCUUCAACGUUGAGCGCACACUUCGUCUCCGUGAUCAAGAGAUCUGGGCCUGCGACAUCAAUGGCGAGCUACUCUACAAUAGCGACAUGAACUCCUUCCACUUCAACAAUGUCGCCGAUGGAGAGAAGUUGCUGAUCGGUACUUACGACUACCACCGUAUCCGCCCAGAGCCUGAGCUCGAGGUCGUCUUGUAUCUUGAUGAUACAUCAGGCCUACUAAAGAGGUCACUCAGGCUACACAUCGGCCCACUGCCUACUAUCCUCAAGGCUAAGGGUCUACUCAUCCAGGCCACAUGCAAGGUCCGAUCUUUGGAGGAAGACGAUGACGACGAUGACGAUUUCUGCAUUGAAAACAUACUAACAUACAUGCAGCAACUCGGAAAAGAAGCUCUUCGCAACCACAUGAGCAAGCUUCGUCGUUGCGAUGCCCCCCUCCGCAAGAACGUUCUCCGCCUCGUCAAGCCAUACAGCCGUAUCGCGAGCUUAAUCAAGGACUUCGAUUCUGCGAACGCGAAGACACUGAAGCAGAAGUACAGUGUGUCCGCGUCGAAGCGCGACAUCAAGAGCUUCUGGUGGAUCAAGGACACGGCGAUGAAGUUUGAGCCGGGGGUCCUCGCUCUGAUGGCGAUUCUCGCUGAAGCAACAGCGGGUAACGACGAGAUCGCUUCAGAUGCGCUCAUCGAUGCGAAGAAGGCUCGUCUCGACAACACCCCUUGGGGUUCAAAGGAACUGCAAGAGGAAGACGUUCGCGAAGCCAUCAAGGCACUCUAUGAGGCUGCAGAUGCCCUCGAUUCCGUAUGGCCGGAGACCCAGGACAACAAGAAGAUCGCGGUCAAGGAUGCAAAGAAAGAACGCUAUGCGAAGGCUAGCGGCAAGGGCAAAGCGGUCAAGCGUGAUGCUGAUUUGGGUGAAGAGGCCUUUGAGGCUGCGCAUCCUGGCACGAUGGCUUCGCGCGAGAUGGAUGGGCUGGCCGGACUUAUGGACAAGAGCAAGUUGCCGGAUACGAUGGUGUCUGAUGACUCCGAUGAGGAGCCAGUAGUAAAGCCAGGUAGACUUCGGCGUACCUAG